AUGGUUAGCAGCCAUAUCUAUAUAUGCUCCGAGAUUGAGAAAAAAGCACUUCUUAGCUUCAAAGAAGGUCUCAUAGAUCCAUCAGGUCGUCUCUUUUCUUGGGUUGGUGAGGAUUGCUGCGAUUGGACAGGCGUUACCUGUGACAACACCACCGGGCAUGUCGUCAAGCUUGACCUCAAAAACCCAUUUCCGGUGAGUGAAUUUUAUUUUCUCAAUGAAGAAAGUUCGACCCCAUAUACAGAAUAUGAGUAUCAUCGUGAUGAAGUAGAACAAGCUUACCACAAGUCAUGCUUGGGGGGUAAGAUAAGUCCUUCGUUACUCAAUUUACAGCAUUUGAGUUACCUAGACCUAAGCUUGAAUAAUUUUAAUGGAUACACUGUUCCGAGGUUUUUUGGUUCCCUUGAGAGUUUGACAUAUCUCAAUCUCUCUUUCUCAAUGUUUGCCGAAAUUAUUCCUACCCAUCUUGGGAAUCUAUCAAGGCUACAAUAUCUAGACCUUAAUUUGGGAAAUAUUAAUCUUCAGAAAGUACUAAAUUGGGUUGAUGUGGUUAAUAUGCUCCCUUCCUUGGUGGAGUUGCACCUAGUUAACUGUGGACUUGUUAGUCUUCCUCAAUCUAUUUCCUCCAUCAACUUCACAUUGCUUUCAGUGCUUGAUCUCUCUUCCAACAGUUUUAACUCCUUCAUACCUCACUGGUUGUCAAAUGUGAGUGGCCUUUCAACAAUCAAUCUUGAUUCCAGUUCACUUAGAGGUGCUAUUCCAAUUGGUCUGGGACAUCUAACCAGCUUGCGCAGCUUGAAUAUAGCUGGCAACCAUUUUACUGGAAAGAUUCCGAGCUCAUUUGCCAACCUUUGCAAUUUGCAAACAUUAUAUCUGCGGAGCAACAAUAUAAGUGGGGAGAUAACCGAGUUUGUGGACGGCUUGUCUCAAUGUUCCAAUAGUAGCAUGGAGUAUCUAGAUUUGAGUAAAAAUAUGUUGCUUGGGGGGAACUUGCCCUAUUCAUUGGGAGGACUCAAGAAUUUGAAAGCUAUUGAAUUCCAAGGUUGUUCUUUUUGGGGUUCAAUUCCAGACUCUAUCGGAAACAUGUCUUCAUUGCAAACAUUUGACCUCUCGAACAAUAAAAUGAACGGAACGAUUCCAGAAAGCAUUGGGAAACUGUCAAUGCUUGUUUCGUUGAGCCUUGCUCGGAAUUCUUGGGAAGGUGUCCUAAUUGAAGCUCAUUUUCAAAAUCUCACCCGAUUAAAAUCUCUUAGCUUGUCUACGAAAUUUUCUGCGAAUUGGACAUUGGUUUUAGAUGUCAAACACGAUUGGGUUCCUCCUUUUAUGCUAACGGAAAUUAAAUUAGAAAAGAUGCAGAUCGGCCCAAACUUUCCAGCGUGGCUAAAAACACAAAAUGAACUCAAAUAUCUUUGGCUCAACAAUGUUGGCAUUUCUGACACCAUUCCGCAUGACCUUUGGAAGUUCUGCCCAAAUGUCACCUCUUGGAGUCUAUCCGGGAACAAACUACGUGGACAGGUACCAUACUUUCAAUUUCACCCUUUGGCAUAUUAUAUUGAUUUGAGUUCCAACCACUUAGAGGGUCCACUCCCACUUUUUCCUGGUAAUUUGAGUGACAUAUCUCUCUAUAAUAAUAUGUUUUCUGGACCUAUUCCUGAAAACAUAGUGGAGCUACUACCCAAGUUAUCUUGGUUGGACCUGUCUUCAAAUACAAUUACUGGUAGAAUUCCCUACUCUAUUGGAAAGCUAAAGGAAUUGACAUGUCUUAUUUUGAGAAACAAUUCCCUAUCCGGGAAACUACCCCCUCAUUGGAAGGAUUUACAACAGUUAUGGUUGUUGGACUUGUCAGAGAACAAUAUAUCCGGUAAUGUUCCCAGUUCAAUGCGACAUCUGGGUUCAUUAGGGGUAUUAUCAUUGGGCCAAAAUCAUCUUGAAGGAGAGCUUCCCUCUUUCUUUAGAAACUAUGGAAACUUGCAAACCCUUGAUCUUGGAGGAAACAAAUUCUCUGGAAAACUUCCAACAUGGAUAGGAGAAAGUCUACCAGAUUUAUUGAGGUUAAGCCUAAGGUCCAACUUGUUUUAUGGGAACAUACCUCAACAAUUAUGCCUUCUUUCAGGUUUUCGAAUCCUAGACCUUGCACACAAUGAAUUUUCAGGAGCAAUCCCUCAAUGUUUAGGAAGCUUCAGCAAUGAUAAAAAUAGUGAAAUUCCAUAUGGUGAGCAAAUGAUGCUGGUUUCAAAAGGAAGAGAAUAUCUAUACGUUGAUUCAAUCCUUUAUCUUGUUCAUUCAAUAGACCUUUCGGGUAACAACCUAUCAGGAGAAAUACCUGAUAAUAUAACAAGCAUCUCAAAAUUGGUCAGUUUGAAUUUAUCAAUGAACCAUCUGUCUGGCAAAAUUCCUGAAAAAAUCGGGAAUUUACACAUGUUAGAAUCACUUGAUCUCUCAAUGAAUGAGCUAUCUGGUCCUAUUCCUAAAAGCUUGUCUUCUUUGAACUUCUUAAGUCGCUUGAAUUUGUCAUUCAACAACUUGUCUGGAAAGAUUCCAAAUGGGAAUCAACUUCAAACACUUCAUGACUCUUCUAUCUACGAAGGUAAUGCUUUACUCUGUGGACCUCCUCUUUCGACCAAGUGUUCAGAAGAUGAAAUUAGACCGAGAGUAAAACCAAAUGGUGGUAAUAGAGUAGCCAACAAAAAUGGAAAGGGAAUUGAGUCAAUCUUGUUCUACAUUAGCAUGGCAGCUGGAUUUAUUGUUGGAUUUUGGGGAGUUUGUGGAACACUGAUUAUCAAAACUUCAUGGAGACAAGCUUACUUCAGAAGCUUUGAUAAAUUGAAAGACAAGAUUGUUGUGCUCGUUAUGAUCAAAAUUGUUCACUUGCGACGGAAGUUCAAGUCGGAGAGAAGUUGAGGCUAUAGGCAUUGGAGCUUUCCUUAAGAUGCAUCAAUUAUG